AUGGCUUAUAAGGGCACUGUUGCAUGGGCUUAUGUUGCUCUACUCAUGUGUCUCAAUCUACUUUGCUUGACUAUGGUGAGCUCCAACUACAUCCCAGUGGUGCCAGUCCCAACAGAACCAUCUCAAAAGGGUACUUGUCCUUUGGAUGCCCUUAAGUUAGGGGUAUGUGCCGAAGUGUUGAACUUGGCUAAGGUUAAAUUGGGGUCACCACCAACUCACCCUUGCUGCGAACUCAUUAAGGGUCUGGCUAAUCUUGAAGCCGCAACUUGCCUUUGCACUGCCCUCAAAGCCAACGUCCUUGGCAUUAACCUUAAUGUCCCACUUUCCCUGAGCCUCAUUCUCAACAACUGUGGAAAAUACAACAAUGGUUUCUUCCAGUGCCCUUAA